CAGGACGACAGAUUACGUUGAGGAAUAGCGCAACGAGCUAGAGGCUCUGGGGUCUAUCUACCCUGACUUCUUCAUAGGGGACCAUAUGGGGACCAUAUGCAGUACCAGGUAUUGAACCUGUGUUGGCUGUGUGCAAGUAUUAUCAGAAAAUCCACCCAGCUUCACUAUUACUGUGGCAUCUGAGGCUGGAGAAAAUGAUGAAACUGUUCAAACUACCAUCAAGUUUACAUAUAGUGAAAAAUACUCAGAUGAAGGCCCCCUUUAUGAAAUGUUCUCCCAGGAAAAUCUAGAAGAUAAUGAUGUCUCAGACAUUUUAAAAUUAUUAGAAUUACAGGCAGAAGAAAACCUUGGUAUGGUAAUGAUCUUCACCUUAGUGACAGCUGUGCAAGAAAAAUUUAGUGAAAUAGUAGAUCAAAUAAAAACUAGAAGAGAAGAAAAGAAACAAAAAGAAAAGGAAGCAGAAGAAGCUGAAACGCAAUUAUUUCAUGGCACUCCCGUUAAAAUCGAGAAUUUCUUAAGUUGGAAGGCCAAAUUUGAUGCACAACUCUUAGACAUUAAAAAGAAACAAAUGAAAGAAGAAGAGCAAGCAGGAAAAAAUAAAUUAAGUGGGAAACAGCUAUUUGAAACAGAUAAUAAUCUUGACACGUCUGUUAUCCAGGUCUUAGAGGAUGCUGGAAGCAGUGUGGAGGUAGAUGAGUCUUUGUUCCAGAAAAUGGAUGACUUGGAAUUGGAUGAUGAUGAUGAUGAUGAUCCAGACUACAAUCCAGCUGACCCAGAGAGUGAUUUGACUAAUAGACUACUCUGAAGACAGGCUUGACUGCCACAGCAUCUGUGGCUAUUCUUAGAGGGUGUUGAUUUUUCUUUCUUCUUAUCUAAGAAAAAAUAAUUUUCAGGAGACUAUUCUUCAGAGAGCUUUCAUCAUGGAACUUAAUAAAAUGAGCU